AUGGGGAGGAAAAAAAUCCAGAUCUCACGCAUUCUCGACCAAAGGAACCGGCAGGUGACGUUCACCAAGCGGAAGUUUGGGCUGAUGAAGAAGGCCUACGAGCUGAGCGUGCUCUGUGACUGUGAGAUUGCCCUCAUCAUCUUCAAUAGCGCCAACCGCCUCUUUCAGUAUGCUAGCACAGACAUGGAUCGCGUGCUGCUGAAGUACACGGAGUACAGCGAGCCCCACGAGAGCCGCACCAACACGGACAUCCUCGAGACACUGAAGCGGAGGGGUGUGGGCCUUGAUGGGCCAGAGCUGGAGCAAGACGAGGGGUCUGAUGGGCCAGGAGAAAAGCUGCGGAGGCUGGCGGGUGACGGCGGCAAUCCAGCCCUGCCCCGACCCCGCCUUUACCCAGCAGCCCCAGCUAUGCCCAGCCCAGACAUGGUGUAUGGGGCCUUGCCCCCACCGGCCUGUGACCCCAAUGGACUCGGAGAGGCCCUGCCUGCCCAAAGCCACCCGUCCCCCUUCCGGCCAGCAGCACCCAAAGCUGGGCCUGCAGGCCUGGUGCAUCCUCUAUUCUCCCGGAGCCACCUCACCAGCAAGACACCACCCCCCCUGUACCUGGCAGCAGAGAGCCGUAGGCCAGACCUGCCUGGGGGCUUGGCUGGGGGCUGUGGAGGGCUGAGCACCUCGAGAGGCCUCUACAGCAGCCUGCAGAGCCCGUGCUCAGGUGUAGCCCCUGGACCCCCACUUGGUGGCUUUCCCUUCCUUCCAGCUGGUCCUCCAGAAUAUGGUCUGGGAGACCCCCCACCGCCCCCUGGCUUGCUGCAGCCCCCUGCCCUGGCCCCCUGGCAGCCCUCGAGAGGGGAUGGACCCACUGCCGCCACCACCCAGCCCAGCGCAGGACGCGGCCUGGGUGAGGAGGGCGCCCCCGCCCGCGGCGCCUCCCCGCCGAAUCUCCCAGUCAGCGUCAAGUCCGAGCGCGUCUCGCCGGCCCCCGGGGGCCCCGGCGACUUUCCCAAGACCUUCCCCUUCCCACUGCUCUUGGCCCGGCCCCUGGCAGAACCGCUACGACCCGGGCCCCCCCUGCGUCGGCUGCCCUCGGGGGACGGCUGGCCUCGGUAG